AUGAAAUCCUUCGCCGUCGUCUCCCUCCUCGCGCUCGCGUCGUACGUCUCCGCGCAGGCCAACGGCGGGCCCCCCUUCGACCCCGCCGGCGUGCCCAACGUCGGCAACGGGCAGGGCAAGCAGUUCAUCGGCGGGCAGUGCCUCUCCGCGGCGGACUGCGGCUCGGGCUGCUGCGCGGGGCCCUCGGGCAUCUGCUCGGGCGUCGGCGCCCAAACACAGGCAGGCAAGACCGGCUGCGGCUUCGGCGGCGGCGCUGCCCCUGCUGCGCCCGGCGCCCCCGCUGCUGCUGCGCCGCCACCACCGCCACCCGCGGCCGCCGCCCCGCCCAACGUCGGCGGGCCCCCCUUCGACCCCGCGGGCGUCCCCAACGUCGGGAACGGCGCCGGCAGACAGUUCAUCGGGGGCCAAUGCCUCUCGGCCGCGGACUGCGGCUCCGGGUGCUGCGCGGGGCCCUCGGGCAUCUGCUCCGGCGUCGGCGCACAGACCCAGGCGGGCAAGACCGGGUGCGGCUUCGUCUCGGGCGGCGCCCCCGCAGCUGCUGCGCCCCCACCACCACCGCCAGCAGCGGCGCCUGCUGCGCCCAAGGCGGCGGGCCCGAACGUCGGCGGCCCCCCGUUCGACCCCGCGGGUGUACCUAACGUCGGCAACGGCGCGGGGAAACAGUUCAUCGGCGGGCAGUGUCUCUCCGCGGCGGACUGCGGCUCCGGGUGCUGUGCCGGGCCCUCGGGCAUCUGCUCCGGCGUCGGCGCACAGACCCAGGCGGGCAAGACCGGGUGUGGCUUCGUCGCGAAGCGCUUUGUCCGUCGUGGGAGGGUGUUGUGA